AUGGCCUCCCUGUCGGACCAGGAGCUGCGGCGGGAGCUGCAGUCUCUGGGCUCGAAGCCGGGGCCCAUCACCGCCACCACCCGCUCCGUCUAUCUCGGGCAGCUCCGCCGGCUAAGGGGAGACGCCCGCCUGCGGGCCCGGGCAAGGGCCCCGCCUCAGGCCGCCCCCGAGCCCGCAUGGCGCGAAGGCGAGAGCUCGGAGGACGAGGACGACGAGGAGGACGAGGAGGAGGAGGAGGAGCGGGUCCCGCGCCGGCCGCCUUUCCUCAGGGCGGCCCCGCGUCGCCUCUGGGGCCCGCAGGCCUCGCAGGCCUCGAAGGCCCGGCCUCCUCCAUGGCCGCCCAUCCUUGGGCAGGGCAACCGACGGCUGGAGCGCGCCCUGUCCCGCCUUCUGGCCUGGGCCAGCCUCGGCCUCCUGCUCUUCUUCCUCGCCAUCCUGGCCGUCAAGUUCGGGGGCCUCUCCCGGCCCCGGGAGGCGGAGGAGCACAUGAAACUGUUACCGGUGGACUGUGAGAAAAAGACAGAUGAGUACUGCCAAGCCAAACAGAAGAAGGUUUUGCUAGAAGUGCUGCAUGAGUUAUACAACUUCCUGGCCAUACAAGCCGGUAAUUUUGAGUGUGGCAAUCCUGAGAAGCUGAAAAGUAAAUGCAUCCCUGUUAUCGAAGCCCAGGAGUAUAUAGCUAACGUGACGGGUAGUCCCCCAGUGAAGUUUGAAGCCGCGCUGACGUGGAUCCUGAGCAGUAACAAGGAUGUGGGAAUCUGGUUGAAAGGGGGAGACCUGUCGGAACUGGUGACGGCCGUGGACCAGGUGGCCUGUCUGGAGUCGGCCCGGCCUCGGAUGGGCGUGGGUUGCCGCCUGAGGCGGGCCCUGCUCACAGCCGUGACCAGCGUGCUCAUUUUCUUCUGGGGUCUGGCUUUUUUGUGGGGAGUCCUGAUUCUUCUGAAGUAUCGGUGGCGGAAACUAGAAGAGGAGGAGCAGGCCAUGUAUGAAAUGGUGAAGAAAAUUAUAGCUGUUGUGCAGGAUCACUAUGUGGACUGGGAACAGGACAUGGAGCGCUAUCCCUAUGUGGGCAUCCUUCACGUGCGGGACACCCUGAUACCACCUCAGAGCAGGAGAAGGAUGAAGCGCAUCUGGGACAGGGCAGUGGAGUUUCUGGCUUCGAACGAGUCCCGGAUCCAGACGGAGUCCCACAGGGUCGCCGGAGAGGACAUGCUGGUCUGGAGAUGGACUAAGCCCUCUUGCUUCUCCGACUCCGAGCGCUAACCUCCGGGAAAGGGUCAGGCACGAACUUAACUUGCCCACAGGGGCCCCUUCCACUGACGGUGUGGAAGGUGCCGGGGGGCCCGAGGUGCUGAAUUCCGACUCGCCUCGACCUCUCCCCGUCUCUCCGCCUCGCCCUGUCCCUUCUUCCCACCUUUCUUCGGAAGGUCACGAAGGAUUUUCAGAGAAGUUUAGUUUGUCGGGAAAACCCGGAACCGCCCCCGGGAGGCAGGGAAGGAUGUCAAACGUGAGGGCGGUAACUGCUCUCCGGCUUUCCCACGCCGGUCCCGCGGCCUUCGCCCUCGGGUUUCCCGCUUCCUGUCAGGGGUGUCUGGGUCACCCGCGUGGGAGUGGGCGAUGAACGGUGGAGCCGUUUGAACCGGGGAUUUGCAGCUCGUCUGUUCUCCCCCAAGAUUCAGCGGCAGUCCCUCGUUUGCUGAGUUCCCGGGAAGUAGUCCCCUUUGGGUGUGGGUCUGGGGAGAUGGUGGGUUUGGGCUGGGGGUGGGGGAGAC